UCUAGUCAAUUAUCACUUUGCAAAAAAAAGCCUUCUAUUGUUCCAGAUUCAACAGCCAUGGAGAUUCAUACAAAUGAAGAUCAUUACAACAAUUGGCCUAAUGACAAAGGUUUCGAUCCCGAAUACGAACAGCGCAAGCCCGUCGAGCUUCCUGUGACAGGAGAUAUUCCUACCUACGCUGCUGGAACCUUGUACCGUACAGGUCCAGGGAAAAGUCAACUCAAAGCUGAGAAUGGAAACACACUACGUCUCUCCCACUGGUUUGAUGGAUUCGGUCAAACCCAUCGUUUCCAGAUCAUUGCUCCAGAUGACUCUCAUACAUCGCCUCGCGUUUUGUACAACUCCCGUUUUUCAACCGACGAUCUGAUCGAAAAAGCAAGAAAGACGGGAUCUCUAGACGAGAACGGUUUCGGACAGAAACGCGAUCCUUGCAAGAGCGUCUUAGGAAAAGUCCAGACUGAAUAUGUCCCGCAACCCACGCAGCCCACUCCGUCGAGUAUAAACAUAUCUGUGACCCUUUCAAUCAACGUUCCGGGCCUCGAUUCCAAGCCCGAUGAGUCAACUGCUCGCUGGGGUGAUUCUCAGGGAAUCAGAACUCUCUAUGCGAAGACCGACUACAAUGCCUUCAAGAAGCUCGAUCCAGAAACCCUGGAACCCAUCGGCAUGGCCUCGCAGACUACCCUACAUCCUGAGCUUUCGGGAACCCGCUCUGCAUCUCAUGCCCGAUCUGAUCCUAUCACGGGAGAUAUGUUCAACUACAAUCUCACCCUAGGACCAAGCUGUACAUAUCGUGUCUUCGGGGUCUCAGCUUCAACAGGGGAAACUACAAUCCUAGCAACCUUCCCCGCAACACCAGCUUAUCUUCACUCCCUUCUCAUCACCGAGGACCAUGUUAUUCUGUGUGUGUGGAACGCGCACAUAAAUCCCCAACCGUUGGACUCCUCAUUCCUCGAGUCAAUCUUACCAACAGACCCAAGUCAGCCGGCAGUGUGGUAUGUCAUUGACCGCAAGCACGGCAAGGGAUUGAUCGCGACAUACGAAAGCCCUGCAUUCUUUUGCUUCCACACGGUCAACGCAUGGCUCGAACCCUCAAAGGAGAAUCCCGCGGAAAUGGACAUUGUGGCAGAUGUUGUGAGAACCGACAACUCUGAAUUUUUGCAUUCUCUUUAUUACGAGAACUUGAUCUCUUCGUCGGAUACAGCCAAGACCUUCCAAAAGAAGAGAGACGAUUCUUUCCGUACAUCUUUUACCCGGUUCCGCCUGCCUACGGUGCCUUCCACUCCAUGCACCGAGCCCAAGAAAGCAAUAGUGGAGUGGUCCGUUUGCAAAUCGUUGUCGCCUGAACUACCGACUAUGAAUCCGACAAAGGUCACCCAGAAACACCGAUAUGUCUACGCUGCGACCUUCCGUGGAGAGGCAACUCUGACAGAUGGUAUCAUGAAGCUCGAUUGUGAUACCCAGCAUGUUCAGCUCUGGGCAUGCCAUGGCCAAUCUCCCGGUGAGCCCAUUUUCGUCGCCAACCCCGAGGGCACUAGUGAGGAUGAUGGUGUACUUCUCAGUGUGGUUCUCGAUGGGAUGCGUGGCAAGAGCUAUUUGCUCUGCCUUGAUGCUCGUAGCUUGAUGGAAAUUGGUCGAGCAAAUGUCGAUGGGGCUGUUGGGUUGGGAUUCCAUGGACAACAUGUUCCGGCUGUGGGUGGAAUGCCUACGGGUGACUACUAA